AUGGCUCGUUGCGCAAGUUGCAGUGCCGAUGACGUCGCAUCAUCACGGCUCAUCACUGCGCUGCUCUUGCGCCCGGCGCCAGUCACCUGCCGUCGUCACCGCCCUCCGCGUGAUGUCGCACGCGGGUUUCGCGCGUCAAGACACGGCCUUAGCGAGAGGGGCCACGAAAAUUAUCCCGCUGGAACUAAAGUUGAGACGAAGAAGGGUUAA